ACUUAUCCAAAAUCCCAAAUCCUUUAUUAAAUUAUAUCAAACACAAGUUCAAUAUAUAGAAGAUAAAGUAGCAAAUUAAACCAACCAUGUCUUCAAAGCACAACGUUAGAGUCGCCGGAAAGACCAUCGAAACCACCGUCACAAAAAAAGCCGCCGUCGUCACCGAUUGGGUUGCCGACAUCCGGUCCAAGCACGCCGGCAGAUCGGCGGUCGUGGUGGGCUUGGACCGGGAAUGGAGGCCCAACACUAGGCCCAACGACGACAACAAGUCGGCCACCCUCCAGCUUUGCGUUGACGACACGUGCCUCAUCUUCCAGCUCCUCCACGCCGACGCCAUCCCCGAAGCGCUGAAGCGCUUCGUGGCGGACCCCGCGUUCGUGUUCGCGGGCGUUGAGGUUGCCGGUGAUGUGGCGAAGCUGAGGGCGGAGUACGGGCUGGGGUGCGCCGAGGUUGCGGACCUCCGGGAGUUGGCGAGGGCGAAAUGGCCGGGGAAGUUUGACCAUGCGGCGGGGCUGAAGGAGCUGGCGAGGGAAAUAUGCGGACUCGAGGUGGCGAAGCCGGAGGAGAUUUGCCGGAGCGAUUGGGCGGCGGCGGAGCUGAGCGGUGCUCAGGUUGAGUAUGCUUGCAUUGAUGCCUAUGCUUCUUUUAGGGUUGGACAGGCUCUCAUUCUGGGAGCUUAAAUUAAUUAAAUUUGUUGGUUCAUGAAUUAAAUCCAGUUUGGAUGAUGGAUUAUUUGCUACCUAAAUUAUCAAUUAAUGUCCCCUACCCGAAUAAAUAAAUAUUGAAUAAAAGUUUCUAUUUACUUAAAUCGACUUAAGGUUAUGCUCGCUAUUUUGAAGCAUAUAUGUUUGUUUAAACUUUAAAUAACAUUCAUAAUUAAUAUUUUUAUGGUUU